AUGCUGGUGAAGGCGGAGAGCCCCGCGCCGCCGGCGGAGGACGAGCUGCUGCUGCUGGGCCUCGCCUCGCCUGCCCCCUCGCUGCCGUCCAGCGCCGGCGACGAGGAGGAGGAGGAGGAGGAGGAGGAGGAAGAGGAGGAGGAGGCGGCCUCCCCGGCUCGGCCCGGCUCGGCUCGGCCGUCGGGGCCGCGGCGGAGGGAGGCGAAGCGGCGGCCGGGGCGGUGCCGCACGGCGGAGGCGGCGCAGCGCCUCAAGCGGAGCCGGCGGCUGAAGGCCAACAACCGGGAGCGCAACCGCAUGCACCACCUGAACGCGGCGCUGGACGCCCUGCGCGACGUGCUGCCCACCUUCCCGGAGGACGCCAAGCUCACCAAGAUCGAGACGCUCCGCUUCGCCCACAACUACAUCUGGGCGCUCACCGAGACGCUGCGCCUGGCCGGGGCGGCGGCGGCCAGGGGCGGCCCCGACGGCGGGCUGGAGGCCAGCCCCUCGCCGGCCUCCUCCUGCAGCCCGGCGCCCUCCGCCUCCCCCUACGCCUGCACUUUAUCGCCAGCCAGCCCCGACGGCUCCGCGUCGGAGGCCGAGCACUGGGUGCCCCCCCGGGGCCGCUUCGUGCCCCCCCCGCCGCCGCCGCCGCAGCCUCCCCGCCGCUGCCUCUAG